CUAGCCGCAUGUUUCUUAUUAAAAUAUGCAUAGCAUUGUUACUUCGUUUAAAUUCAAAGGCUUUGAUGCAGCGCAUAAGAAUCGUGAUAUACGUAUCGUUAUCAAGUUCAAAUCUUGCAUCCUAAAAGAUUUCCGGGUCCGCCACACGACCCGAACGUGUGAAAUUGCCCUAUGCCAAUUCCAUAUCCUGUAUUUGAGCAAGUUUCCAUUGAUAAAAAGGUUACUAUUGUUCAGAAAAUAGCUCACCCGCAAACUCAGGAUUUAUUUCAGUCACACAGUGGUGAAAAUAGAAUCUGUGCCAAAUUAAACGUGUGUGUCUAAUUUCACGCGGUGAAAGCGAUGACAUAGCAAUAAAAUUAGAACCAUACAAUGGAAAGUAGAUAUUUUUCGCAGAUAUUUACUCAUUAUGAUUGCCUAAGUUAGAGGUAAUAGAUAAUGUUGUGUUUUUUUGUCCCGAAAGCUUUUAGCCCUUAUUCCCAGCCCAUAGAUGUGUUUGUUGGGCCAAGGGGUUAUUGCACCCCCUCUCCCAUUUUUGACCAAAAGUUCACUUUUUCCGUAUGUCCAAAACAAGUCUAUUUUGAUAGAUGGGGUGUGGUAGGUGGCAAAAUCACAAAGCCAAGCAACAGGUUCAAAUAACGAAUAACUUAACAGGACCCACGUAAUUAUCAAGGAAGUCACUUAGUUAAUCUUUUAGGGAAUGUUUAAAACUUUUCAAAUGGGGAGGUCUAAUCGAAGUUUAUGGAUCGGAGCCUUGAAAAGUCUGAUACAUCUUGGCCGUAUUCAAUGAUUGGACUGCAUUAUGAUGCGAGCUUUAAUCAACUUUUUCACUUGUAUCGAAUUUUGUGUUAUUAAGACUUUAUCCCUCUCUUAUCUAAAAUAUAAAACAGUUUUUCAUGUUAAUUCGGACCCGUACAACUCUGCGGGACUUUUCGAGGUAUCGUCUAAAGUUAUCAAUUUGCAGCCUCGUAAAUGUGUCUUGCAACACCAUUACGAGAUCGCAUAACAAAAAAAGGAAGGAAAGAGACACCAUGAUGAACUGAAACUCCGCUUUGGGACUUUCGAGAAUGUCGAAUCUUGCUUUCAAACCUUUCAUAUAGUUGCUUCUCAUUUACAUGCUAAAUGCAAGCCCUAUGAGGCCUUUUUUCAUAAACGAGCAUUCCUUUUUUAUCUGAAAAUUCACGACUAGAUGUUUGUAUUAUAAAACUUUCUUGUGAUACUCUGAAGCCCAAAGCAAAAAUUUUUAAAAUAAUUGCUAUUGCCUAAAAAUUAAGAUAUUCAAUCAAGUAAAAUCAAAGUCUUUCCUUUUUGACUGUUUGAAAUACUGUUUGGAGAGACGAACGAGCGAAAACCUUCAAAUGAGUGUGGCAACCCUCCGUCCUGGAGUCAGAGAGCAAUAAUAACUUCGUUACGUGAACAUGCUCUUUAACUCAAUAAAGGGUUGCGAUACUCGAUAAAAACUUUCUCUUACUCGUCUCCCAAACAAACACAGUAAAAGUUGUUUACCGUUUUCCGACAGAGUUUUCCAGGCAUCUGGUAAUUUCAUUGUUCGCUAAACUUGUUAAUCUGAAAUUGAUCUAUUCGGUUAUUCGCUGUUUGAGAGCGAAUAGAUUACUUGACCUAGCACAGGAUUAAUGAGUUUUGUAUAUGUAGCAGCAUUACCUAAGAAAAAGGCGUCUAUGUUUUUAUGAAAAGGUGUAGGGAUGUGGUGUUAAUGAAAAAAGGGGGCCUCCCUAGAAAUUUCGUUAAGUAAAAGAAAGUGCAUUUUAACCAAGUUGCUCAGGAGGCUCUGAAAUACAUCAUGAAGUGUUUUUGAAAAUUUUCUCUCGUGUUAACUAACCAGAGCUGAUUUUAAUUGGAUUUUUAACCGUGCCACUAAAAAUGUCAUGCAAAACUGUUAUUUAGUGGUCAAAGAAGAAAUCAAUUCUAUGAAGUUUUAUAAAAAUAUGUUUCAAAAUAUGAAUACAUUAUCCCAAAAAAUAUCGAGCCUUGGCGAAAACCUUUUUAGUAAGAGCUAUCAGAAAUAGAAUUUUAAUAUGUCUUCCACAAAUAUGAAAUAUUUCUCAAGUCAGUUUUUCGAUUUUUCCCAGUUGCGUCAUAGUUUUAAAUGAUCAAAGAAUAAACUUUGAAUAUUCCUGUAAAGAGGGAUGUGUAAUUUUGUCACGGCAAGUUAAUCUGCAUAAUUUUUCGGAGAAUAAAAAAUAGAAUUGAGACCCCCUCCGCAAUUUGAAGAAGAUGAGAAAUCUUGAAUUGAUAUUAACGAAUUUAAUAAUUCAUCCUAGAUAAAACUAAGAACUUCUCACCAGGAUGAUUGGUAGACAGGGUCGCUUGGAGGGGGGCUUGGGAAGCUGGGCCCCUCUUGUUAAGGUACAGCGAGCAAAUGUUUGGCUGGACGAAUUCUGUGCUAUUAACCCUAUUAUUAUGCUAUAAAUUUUCCGAGAAAGAGCAAUUUCCUAUUCCCCAAUUCCCGUCCCUCAUUCCACGACCGACGUGACUGAAUGAUUCAUACCGAUUAACGAACUAACGUAUUAGAACCGUUACUUUUCCACGAUAACGGCAAAGGAGACUUUGAAUUCUCCGGGCAGGAUGUUUGUUGUGAAUGAACACUAUCAUGGGUUGUCCGACUCUCCUGCUGUCCGUUUGAAUAAAAGCAGUGGACAGUGAGUCAUUGGCUAGUACCGCGUGGACACAUACUGCUGUGUUUUGUUCAAUUUUUCAACUGCUGUCGACCAUGCUCAAAGCAGUGAUGUAUAUAAGUCUAUUUGUUCUAACGGAGAAGAUCCUUACUUUCAAACAUUCGAGAAAUAUACACUUAUGAAGUGGGAAGACGCGCGUGAGAAGGCUGUGGGAAAACAAGAUCGGUUUUCGUAAUGUUCUCAACCGGAGGAAAUCCUAUGCGUUAAUUCAACUAUUGGGUCACGUUCACUAUCAAGAUUUCGACAAUGAUGAGGAAUUAUUACAAAGUCGUUGAGGAUUUUGAAGCUCCGACCAUUGUCAACGGGAGUUGCCAAUCAAAUGGCGAGCUGCUUGCGGUCGAAAAGGGAGAUAUUAUUGUUGAUGUAAAGCCGUAUAAUGAUAAUUCGGUUGUUGGUAAGACUCUGGUAUCGCAGAAGUUCGUGCAAAUACCGAAAGGCUGUAUCGAAGAGUUGAAAGAUGAUGAUGAAGACGAUGAGGGGCCUAGCGAAAACGAGAUGUCUUGUGAAAAAGAGCGACAAGAAAUUGCAGAGGAGGAAAAAAGAUCGUCUCUGUGUUUGCUAAAGAAUCUCCGAUAAAAUCACAAAAUAUCGAUGAAAAACAUAGGCCAACGAGCAUCGUUAAACCGUUUGAGCGCAAAGGCGAUAAGAACCAGAUCACAAGCGAUGGUGAGUCCGAAAUCGCAGACGAGUAUGUGCCUUUAUCGCCGAAUCUAGUCACCAAUCCUUUGCCGAAGGCGCCACCGAGAUCACGCCGGAAGCGAGAAUCGAACGGUAAUCACGAAAGGUUUCGCUCUCGUGAAUCGGAUGAAGGAUACAACAGCUGCAGUCAUUACAGCGGGGAUAAACAACCGGACAACGAGGAUAUUGUCACAAGAAGAAGCUAUUGCAAUACAACAAUCAGUGAGGCACCGCUUUUGAGCAGUUUUCGAGAAAGCCCGCAACGGGCCACAAGUCCGCGGCCUUCCAUUCAGGAUGAAGAUGGAUAUGAAAUACCCGCGUUUGCACCGCGCGUCAGCAUUUUGAACGGUGAACUAGCAUCAAGUGAGGAAAAGGGUGUCAUGUUAAAGUUGAUAUACCAGAGAAAAAGCACAAAUUUGGAUGAUACGCAGACCGGAUUCGCAUCUCCAGAUUCUGUUAAGAUUCCUUUAGAUUCGAUUGGUGAAAACUCUGAGUCGGUGUAUGAAACUUGGGCGACAGAUCAAAAAUCAUCAAAUCCAUCUCAAGAUCGGAGGAAGUUGCGAAAGGAAAGGGUUUUUGUGUUGCUGUAUUUCGCAAUAAGUUUUCUAAUAGCUAUUGGACUGUUUUUAGUGAUGCUGCAUGUGUGCAAGACAUCCCCACUCCUUUGCUUUACAACGGCAGUGAACGUUUUUGCAAUUGUGUUGGUUGGAUUGCUAACAAUGGGAAAACGGCGAUGGCUCUGCAUUGCUACUCUUUUGGCCCCAAGUUUGUUUUCUAAGAAAGUGAAAACUGGUCUGUGUAUAACACUCUGUGUCUUGAUUAUCACAGGCCCGGGUUGCAAUGUCGCUAAUAAUCUGCGUAUUGUAUGGAAUUGCAACUCGGCUGCGUCAAAUGCAAGUGACAGCAUUCCGUUAGACCAAAGUAGCUACGAGCAGGUUGUCAAAGCUAUGGAUCCCUACAUGGCCAGGCCGAGUAGCCAUGAUUUGGUGAAUGGAACAGUGAAUUUCACCAAGAACAGCUCUCCGCAAGAAAAGAGUAAAGUUAAAACAUGCAAAAAUGCGCUACGUACAGCUUUAGAAAAUGUUUUGCCCGUAUGCAGUGCUGAAGAUAAGUCAUGUGUAAUGAAAAUGGUAGAACCUCGUUUCGGCGACAUUUGCCAAAAUUUCAGCGAGGCAAAGGCGAAAUGUUCUCUUAGCGAAAGAAAACAAACGGCAAAACCAAAGCAGACGAUCAGAAAUUCAAUUUUCAACUUGAGAAAUAUUUUGCUGCAGAUGUUACCAUUGCUACUUCUGCUUUUGGUUCAUGAAGCUUAUUGGUACAACAGGGACUAUUUGUCAAAUAAAGAAAUGGACAACGUUUAUAUCACAGGCAAAUUGCAGGCACUUGAUUGCGAACGAAAAGAGCGUGGAAUGAGAAAUAAACUUUUUCCAUUGAGAAAACUUGAAUUCCGCACAUACGUUCUUCCUUCAUCAUUUUUGCAAACAUCACAGGAAGUAAAGCAAAUUCUGAAGUGGGUCAUUGUUUGGUUGUCGCUUGGCCUAGUCGUCUUGCUAACUAUUUUUCUGGACAAGGGUGUUUACGAAGCAUUAUCAUAUCUUAAUGAACACGCUUCAAAUCAAUGCCCUAUCGCCUUUACAUCCCUUGAAAUGGACAUCGUUUACUCGAUCUGCAUAGUCCUAGCGUUACUUAUAAUUGCUAUAAUUUUUCAAAGCUACGCCCUCCGGUCACGAAGUCGCAUUUGCUCGUUUUUCUAUCCGAAAAAAGAGUCAGCCAGGGGUGUCUAUCUUUACUACAAGAUUUUACACGAUCGUGCACAGUUCUGGAAAGCUUGCAAAGAACGUGGCAGGAUGCUGUCAGAGGGUCGGAGAAUCAGAUGGAGAAUUGGAAUCGGCCACAGACUGUUCCAUGCCCUUCCAAUGCAGAUUAGAGAUCUUAUUGAAAAGCUGUUUGUGUAUCGUUGCAUGAUUUGCAACAGUUUGUCUGCCAGAAAGACAUUUGUUUGUCGUGAUGAAGACUGUUAUGCAACAUUUUGCUAUGAAUGUUAUAUCGAUAUGGGUCAGACCUGUAUCAGCUGCCGACCAAGUGCCGCUAGAGAUUCAGUUUUUAAUUCAAUUUAGAGUUCUAGGUUCUUAUUUAUUUGUUAAUGUUAUGUUUACAAAAAGAGAGAUUAAUGAAGUACGUAGGCUUAAAAAGAGAGGAUUAUCUAAGGUUUUCAUUAAUCGAUGAAAAGCUGAUACUAAAGAUUGUUUUAGUCUUAACCCCGCCCCAAUGAUACUCUGUCAUCUCAGUGUGUAUGUUGGAAAAAUCUUGAGUCUCUGACUCCCUACCCUUCCCUUCGAAUACAAUGUUAGUAUCUACCCCUAGGUGCAGAUAUAAAGCUUUCUGUUACUUUUUGAAUCCCCCAGAGCAGUAUAAAUCGAAUUCUGGUAAUGCUAAAAAAGCAUUUAGAUGCAUCUAUAAUUGUUAUAUGUGUUUACUUAAGAAAGUAGAAACCAUCUUUGUAUGUGUGUUUGCUUCCUAAAUUUAUAUGGACAAGCUGCAAGCAGAGAUAAAGCUUGAAAAAGAUAAAGAUAAAUCUUUAAACCAAUGCUUGAAAACUAUCUGUGAAUUAUGUUUCAUCGACUAAUUAAUACCAUUUAGCAUUGGAAAAUUUCAUCUACACUAUUUCAUCUUCAACAUGUACUCCCUUACGAAUUAAUUUCCAAAGUGGGUCAUGGACAGUAGAUUCCAGUUUUGCUUCAAAUUUCGUUAUCAAGUUUUGUUAUUUAUGAUAGGUUUAUUAGCCUUUUAAUAACAUUGGCAGAUCACUCCAUGGAAAUCUCGAACGCUUUUGAUGGAAUUCCUUUUGUUUUUUCUGAAAAUCCCUCAUAUUCUUUUCUUCUUGCCAAAAUCUAGUACGUUAUUUCCAAGGAUGAAUUGCCCCAUUGGUUUUCGUAGCCGUCGAGUUGAACUAGCACCAUGUUUUUUGUUGUGGCUUACCCAUUUAGGACAUGCGUGCUUGGUCGUUAGAGAUUUAUCUUUUAUCUAUAGGAAAUAAAUUUAAAUCUAUCAGAUAAUUAGGAAUAAACCCGAUAUAGGGCUUUUCAUCCCUAAUCUCAAGUCAGAUUUCCUUUUUGGAUUAAUCUACGUUUUUGUUUAAAAGCAAAGGGAAACCAACAAAGAGCGUGGUAAAAGGUAUUUUUUGUUCUCAUUGACAAUAAGAGCAUUGCAACUCAGGUAAUGCGCAAAAAUGUUAGGCAGACCCCGUCUGAAGUAGAUUUUUUUAGUAAAGCGGAACAUUUAUUUAAUUUCUGGACAAUUUUAGCGCUUUUGACAGUAAAAUAUUUUGUAUUGUCGGGUUGCAAAGCUAGAAAACUAGAACCUUGUAACUGUUUGUAUCACGAGGAGGCCAAACCAAGGCACAUGUGCCUCCACAGUGUCAUGGUACUCUUCAGUUGAAAAACAGAAGGUCCUCCUCAUCGCAAGCUUUUGCAAUAAGCGGAUUUCAGUUUGCCACCAAAGGCAUUAUUGUGCACAACACUUGUUGUUUAAGAGAAUUUGUGGUCUAAAAACCAAGGUCAUAAUUGCAGACUUUAAAGCAAUGUUGCAAGGCUUAGCUGUAAAUAAAUUUGUCGCCUAAUGUACGCAAUUUAACUCAAGUUUUGAUCUAUUGUCGAGAGCAAGCUUCAUCAAAUCCUAAGGGGUUUCUUUCUAGCUAUUAAAGGCAAACGAAUAAGAGCUUCACUGUCCCCAUUUUACUGAUAGAAAUAUCAUAAGAUUAAUGCUUCUUGGAAGUAAAAGCGAGUUUAAGCAAACUUAAAUGAAGUUGUUGAUAUCUUCUUCAGUCUCACACACGUCUGAGGCCUUAACCGUUUGAGGCCUUGACCAUAGAGUUAUUGAAUUAGAUCUACUUCUGAGGUCAAGUACUUGCCUUAGAUGAAUAGUGGGCGAAAUCCUCGUCUUUAGGCCAUAUGAUGGUUUUUACAAUCAAGGAAUGCAUAUAACAUAAGUAUUAUGUUUUAAAUUAACUCUAGAUACAGAAUAGACUGUUGCUUAUCAUUUAAACCAUUUCAUCUUCCUUGAUUAAAGCGUGCACUUUUAGAAAACAAGAAGCGACAUUGAAUACAGAAAGAAAAUAGGUAUUUACAUACAUUGGAGCUGGCCUAUGUUGAUUAUCUUUACCAAAAUGGUUGAUAGCAAAAACCUGAAAUCCAUGAUAAAGGCGUCAAAACUCGAAACAUCUGAAGCAAUUUGUAAAAACGCUCGAGGAAGCAUCAAUAAAAACCCUUUUUACAAGAUAUCAAAUGUAAUAUCCUCAAAAGGGCCUUUAAACAAUAACAGCAUUACAUUUGUUCAUGUGGGACCCUCCGUUGUCAUCACCUAUUCGUGCCAUUGUGAAAUAAAUUUUAAAAACAAGAUUGCUUAUUUUCAAUGGUAUGUCCAGAGAUUUCCUAGUCCGCUGCUCUCUGGAAGAGCUUCUCUGGAGUUCUUUGAAAUAACUCUUAAGAUAGAAAGUAUACUUCAUUCUUUAGAGAUAUGAUGCUUUAUUUGAGAGUCAAUUAUAGUUUAUAGUUUUAAAUGUUGGUUGUUGUUUUUACUGAAAAUGUGUUUUUGUUGCAUUACUCUGUUUUUGCAAGA